AUGGGCAACUUGAUCUGGAGUGAUUGGGGGCGGUUAGUCGCCCUCACCGCUGGAUAUUGGAACCUAUGGGGAGCACUAUGGGGUAUAUUUUACCGCAAGUACCUCUGGGACUUUGUAGGCGGUAAACUAGGUCCAGUUGGGAUCAUUCCACCCGGGUUUGCCGCGCCAUUCAUCCAAUUAAUUGUAAAGCUUCCAGCAAUCCAAGGGGCUUGUGCAAUCUGUGGCUUACUUACUGUGCUGUUCGAGUGGCCUGUGUUCCCUGGAACAUUUCUUUACCGGAGUCUGGCCUUUAAAGUCGUAUUCUACUCCCUUUCUGGGGUCCUUGCCGGCAUUUGUUAUCAGACUGCAGAUGCGUCAGUGAUCUAUGCGAUAGCGAUUCUAGCAUAUGUUGUCGCACUAGGGAAGGACGAAAUCGUUGGAGAGAAACCAGCCGAUAAUUCAAGGGUUUGA